AUGGACAUUAUGCCUCUGACUGCCUUGAACAAGAAAGUGAUGAUCAUUCGCGAUAAUGGAGAGAUUGAGUCCGAGGAAGAUCCUGAACCAGAGAAAGAAGAAGAUCCUGAGGAGUAUGAUGCUGCCUGUCAAAGGGAAGCUUCUGGUGGCCAGACGCAUCUUGAAGAUAGUCCACCAGGCUUGCCUCCUGUCCGAGGUAUUGAGCACCAGAUUGAUUUUGUCCCCGGCUCCACUUUACCAAACAGGCCGGCUUACAGAACCAAUCCGGUUGAGACCAAGGAGCUUCAGCGCCAAGUGGAUGAACUCAUGGAGAAAGGCCACAUUAGAGAGAGCAUGAGCCCUGUGCUGUUCCUGUUCUUCUUGUCCUAA